UGAAAAAAAAAAAAAUAGUCUGUGGACGAUAGUUUGUCUCUGCGCGACAGCAUGAAGGCUGAAGCGUCCAUAGAAGCGUCAUUCGUCAAUGUGUUCGCAAUUACUACGACAUAGAAUCCCUGAAUAAAUAAUAUAAAAUGGAAAUUCCAGUGGAAGUGAAGACGGAGUUGAACUCAUUAAUUUAUCAGUAUCUUCAAGGAGUCGACAAAUCACUUGCACAAGAGUUUUUCAAGAAGACUAAAGCGAAACCACGAGGGAAGAAAUCGCCCACCCUUAUUGACAUAAUUUCGAAACAAUUGAACAAGCAACCAACUAAAGCAGCCGAGAGUGAUUCUAGUGACAAUGAUGAGAAUGAAGCACCUAAAAAAACUGUCCAAAUGAAUGGCAAAAGUCCUGCCCCCAAGAAAAAGCAGGAAUCAUCAGACUCUGACAGCUCUGAAGAUGAAAAACCUAAACAAGUGAAAAAAAGUAUGCCUCCCGCUCAAACUAAAAAGUCAAAUGCAUCAUCUGAUGAUAGUGACAGUAGUGAGGAUAAUGCCACAUCAAAGCCAAAAAAACAGCCAAUAAAGCCACAAGUAUCAGCGUCAGCAAAAUUGCAAAAAAAACAGGAAUCAUCAGAAGAUAGUAGUGACGAUGAGCCUAAGAAAAAGAUACCACCCACACAUAAACAACAAUCAAAACCAACACCUGCAAAGAAAGCAGAGUCUUCAGAUACUGAUAGCAGUGAAGAUGAGAAACCAAAACCUAUGCAAAAACAGGGCAAAAAAGAAGCUACACUAGCCAAACCAGCUCCAAAGCCAGUUGAAAAGAAGAAACAGGAAUCGUCUUCUGAUGACAGUAGUGAUGAAGAAACUAAAGUACCACCUAAAGGUACUGUCAAGCCUAUAAGUACUCCAGCAAAAGCUCCAAUGGUAAAAAAACAAGAAUCUUCAUCAGAUAGUGACAGUAGUGAGGAAGAAAACAAAAUAAAAAAUAAAGCCACACCAAUUAAACCCCAAACUAAAGUAGCAGCCCUUAAUACUAAAAAACCAGCAUCAUCAUCAGAGGAAAGCAGUGAGGAUGAAAAACCAAAAAAAAAUGCUAAGCCAACUCCUAGCAAACAGACUACAGCUAAACCGGCUUCAGCCAAAAAACAAGAAUCUGACGAUAGUGACGAAAGCAGUGAUGAUGAUAAUAAAGUACCGCAAAAACCUGUGCCUAAGCCUCAGGCUACGCCCGCUAAAUCUAUUUCAAAAGUUUCUGCUAAGAAAGAUUCUUCCUCUGAAGAUAGUGAUGACAGUAGUGAAGAUGAAAAACCAAAGGUACCACAAAAAACUGCUGCUAAACCGCAGACUCCAGUUCAAGUCAAGAAACCAAGCAAGAAGGAGUCCUCUGAUGAUAGUGACGAUAGCAGUGAUGAUGAAACUCCGAAAGUACCACCAAAACUCCCACAAGGUAAAGCAACCAAAUCAGGCCCAAUUAAACCGCAAGAAUCUUCUGAUGAAGAUUCAAGUGAUGAAGAUGGACCAAAACAAAAGCCUAUCCCGAAGCAACAACUAGGAAAAAAUGCAAAAUCUUCUGAUGAUAGCGAUGACAGUGAAGACGAACCUCCAACCAAAGUUAAAAAAACUAAGAAUGCUGAUGAACAGACAUCUGAAAAUAGUUUCCAAGCAGGCAAAAAACGAAAGGCGUCUGGAGAUGAACCUGUUCCUGCCAAAAAACCAUACAAUAAUUUUGUUAAAGAAGGCGAAAGCCAAGAAGGUGAAGAUAAUGACGAUGAAUCUGAAGGCAACAAAUUUGGCGGUUGGAAUAAUAGAGGAAGGGGUGGUUUCAAUCGCGGUCGUGGAUUCAACGACAGGGGAAGAGGUGGACAGAGAGGUCGCGGUGGAUUCGGCGACCGCGGUGGCCGUGGAGGAAGAGGCGGGCGGGGCGGAUUCGGAGAUAGAGGCGGGCAUGGAGGAUUCGGGGAUAGGGGCGGUCGGGGGUUCAAUAGAGGGCGCGGUGGAGACCGCGGGGGGCGCGGCGGAGACCGUGGUGGCCGUGGUGGCCGUGGCGAUAGACAUUCCUGGGGUGGCGAUAGAGGAGGGUUUAAUAAGGGUGGAUUCAAUGACAGAAAAAGCUUUGAAGGAGGAGAUAAUUCUAAAAAUAAGAAAAUAGUAUUUGAUUAAGUAGAGUGGAGCUCGUGGAUCAUGGGGUGAACGUGCCAGCCAAGACUUGAAACACACAAGAGGCAAGUCGUUCAAGCAUGAGAAGACUAAGAAGAAGAGGGGAUCGUACCGCGGAGGAGCCAUUGAUACGGGUGUACAUUCAAUUAAAUUUGACGAUUAAAUUAGUUUCAAUAUAUAUUAAUGUACCUACUUUGAAUAAUUCAAUUUUGAAUUGUUCUAUGGAAUAUAUAAUCAAGUCCACUCUUGAGACAUCAUUGCAUUGGUGUUUAUGAGAAUAUAAUAAUGAAUGGGACAUAAACAUAUGAAGGCUGUAGAUAGGCAAAUUUUUAAUAUUGGCUAUGCCCAUAAGAAGAUACUAAGGUAUUGACUGAACCACACUGAACACAAGUUGUUUUCUGAAAUACAUAUAAUGAAACUCGAAUGAUUAUUUUCCAAAUUAUAUUUUUUUAUUAUAAUUAGUAUAAGCUUAUGCUAUUCUCAACAACCAAUGUUUUUCUCUGCAAAUUAUAAUAGUCUAACUAACAUAAGAAAACAAAAUGAAGUGUUAGGGUAAAAAAAUAUUUUUUAUUUUUCUUGGAAUAGACAUGAAUCUGAUUGCAAAUCUAGAUUUCUUUAUCAUACUGGAAACAAAAGAAUUGUAAAUACCAGACAACAUUAUCUUAUUAUUGUUUGACUGCUUUUUGCAAUCUCUUGAAAAGAUUAUGAAGGAAUUAUAUUACAUCUUUUAACCCUAACUUAUAAGGUUUAUUGUGCUUGAUAUACAUCUGCAGCUUUACGUUUUAUUGAUAGUUUCAUUUAUUUUAUGUUUUUAAGGAUAUUUGUGUAAAUAAGUUGAAUGAUUCUAGGAGGUAUUUCAUUGACUAUUGUAUAUAAUUGAUAAGUACUAUGGUACUUUUAUGUAUUAGUGUGUUUAUAAGCCGACUAAUUUGUUAAUUGAAAUAGUUAAGUCUACCUUUUAAUAUAAUUUCGUAAAAACA